AUGGAUUUUCAAGUAAAUAAUGAAAUUGAUAUAGCUUUCCAAGUCAUAGUCCCAACAUUAAUUUCUUACGAUGCAAUUCUCCUUAUUUUGGCGAAGCAAAUCAAGCCGCUUGGGGUAAGGAUUAUCAUUAUUGCCGCAAGCGAGGACACGACAGUUUUAGUGCAAAAAGCAAUUAUUGAGGCAGACAUGAAUAAAGCAGACUAUGCAUUUAUCUUCAUAAAUCAUAGUAUCUGGGCUGCAUAUCUAGAAGGAUCAAUAUUAAUCUCAGACGAUGAUUAUGUCGCUAGCAGUGAAGAAGAUUAUCUGGAGUAUCUUAUUGACAACUUUUCUAAUUUUAUAAGAUAUUUGAUGGAAGCUAGUGAAAUUCAAGGAGCUUAUUCAGCCUACACAGUCAAUAAUUAUAUGAAAACCGUUAUUGAAGGAUACUCCAAGUCCUAUUUGUAUAACAUUCAAAACAGCCAAAAAGUUAUUUGUGGGUAUAUGAAUGGUAAUGAGGUGCAAGUGGACUCACCUUUUAUUUUCCCUGGAGGCUCCAUAGCUGCUCCGGAUAACACAAAAAUAACAAUUUCUAUUAGUGCAUAUGGAGGAGUGUCAAAUCCAGAUGGCACUUACUAUACUGAAAAUGCAUUAGCUUUAACUGGAGCUAUGCAUGCUGUAUAUGACAUUAACAGUAAAUCAGAAAUAUUAUCCAAUUUUGAGCUCUCAAUUUUUAAUAUUUCAGAUUGUGGGGCAUCAAUCUUCGAGUAUAAAUACUGUUAUGACUGUUUGCAAUCACACUUAGAAAAUAUUGGCUAUUUUCAUCUAACCGGCUUGCAAACCAUAAUAACGCAAGGUACAAUAGAAAUUUUUCGCAGCUUAAACUUAUCAACUCCUGUAAUAGGAAUCCAGACAACAGCUUCUAUGAGCAAUCAAAUCUAUUAUCCCCAAUACGCACGAGUUUCCUAUCCUAACACAAUUUCUGGGUCAAUUAUCGCCAUCAUUUUAUACUCUUUUGGUAUUAGAAAAGUUUCGCUUUUAUGCACAAAUGCUACGUGAGGCACAGAUUUCAAAGAGCAGUUCGAAAGCCAGAGUAAGCAAUAUAACAUUGAAAUUUUAAACGAAAAAAGGCUAGUUCCUUAUGGAUACAACGGAACUGAUAAAUCAUUUAUCCAAGAAAUCAUAGACGUGAAGUCAAGGUAUCUCGUAAUGGAAGUCACCGCUCCUGACGAUCUGUAUGUGAUUGAAGCUUUUUACGACGCAGGAGUCAGAAAAGGAGAUCUGUAUUUAUUUCUUGCAGACUUAGUUAUUGAUGUUGGAUACCUAAAUGAGACUGAGGUUGGACAUAAGGCAUUUUUAAAGCGAAAAGAACUAAUGGAUGGACUGUUAUAUUUUGGAAGCCUAACUUAUUAUGGCUCCGUUGGAGAAAGACUGAAAACUGAGUUACUGAGCACCUAUGGGAUGGCUCCUGAUAUAAUGUGCUUAUAUUAUGAUGCUGCUUAUCUAGGAGCUCAUGGGUUGGAUAUAGUCCAGGACAGCUUUUAGUUCAUCCUUGGCUAGGAAUUUUCUAUAUAUAACUUGUAAAUAGUGAGUUAGUAUGGAACCAAAAAAAUUGCAAAGCUCCACGCCAUUUGUCAACUCGCGGAGUCUGUUAAAAAAUCCUAGCCCAGGAUGAGCAGAAAGCCGUCCUAGGCAAUACUUUAAUUUCAUUAGGAAUCAAUCUUAACAGCACAAUGAUUUCUAAAGCAAUAAGAAAUAUCAAGUUCACAGGGUGCACUGGGAAAAUCCAGAUCGAUAAAAAUGCAAAUGACAGAUCAACCGUAGUAUUUGGCAUCUAUAAUUUAGUUCAAAUAAAUUCUACAUGAACAAUGAGGCUGUGUGGCAUUUAUGACCCGGAUGCUGUGAAUUUUUAUCAAACUGUUCACUCUAUGUCGUGGUUCGAUGAAAAUAAAGGAGUCCUACCAAGCGAUAUUGUUGGAGCAGAUCUUGAAUGCCCGUUCAAGCCGAGCGAAAGCAAGCCAUUUCUGGAUGGCUAUUUGCUGUUGGCUGGAAUUGGGACACUUCCACUUCUUUUAGGAGCCUUUUUGGGAAUAAAGUAUUUUAAUUAUAUAUUUACCAGAGAAUUUCCUAUGCUUGACUCAGUGCAAGAAGAAACACUUAUCGAUACAUGAAUUUAUAUUGCUAUGAUAAUAGAAGGUGUGCAAUAUAUAGCGAUCGGGCCAGACUUCAAUGGGUUCUUACUUGAACUUUCUAAUUUAACUAACUCCCUCCAUGAACGAGCAAAACUAUUGUUUAAUCCCUAAUUUUUUAGGUAAAAACCACUCUUUUUGAGCGAACAAAAUUUUUAUAUGAAAAAAAUAUUUUGAUAUAUAAGCUAUAGCUAGUAUAAUGAAAUCUCUAACUAAUUUUGUUUAAUUUAAAACACCUUGCAUUUUAAAACAUAAAUUUUACAAAUUAAAUUAAUUUUUACUUUAUCAAUUGGGAUAUUUUAAAUUUUGAAAAAAAUUACAAAUUUUUAAAAAUCCCCCUCAAAAUUUCAGAGGGGAGAAAGUUUUCGAUGCUUGAUAUCAGAGGCUCAACAAAAGAAAGCCAUUGAAAUAUUUGGGAUCAGAUCGAGCUUAUGGAUAUUAUAGCUGUUUUUUGAAUUAUUUUACUUGUCCAAAGACUUUUACAUGUUGAAGAGAAGUGCAAGAUUUUAUUGCUUACAGCAAUGGAUGAGCUAGGAAAAUAUUGUUUGCCAAUUAUUGGAGACCUUUUAUUUAUACCAAUUGUGAAUUUUCUGCUUAUGACUUUUCAAUGUACUCACAGCAUUGGGGAUGAGUUUAAGGACAGCUAUCAUGACCAAGACUGUUCUGUUUUCUGCUGACAAGGGAAUCAUCUAGAAUAUGUGAUCGUUUCUUCUAUCAUUUUAUUGCUAUAUUUGCCAACUAGCUUGUACUUUCGUCCUAUGUGGCAAGACGAAACUGAAGAUCUCGUGUUUCAUUUCAGAGAACAGCCAUUUCACUCACUCCAUAUCGAAUUUAAUAUUCAAAGCUUAAUUUUAUGCAGAGAAUUUUCAUCCUACUAUGACUGUUAUUUAUCCUAUUAUUAUAUAAAAGCUGAAAUGUUUUCAUUCUUUUAAAUAGGUAUCAUAUUGUUUUUCUAUGCAAAUUUAUGUAUAUAGAUUUUUUUUAAAUCUUUAAAUCCUUAAAUUUUAUAAAAAAAUCUAACUCCACUCUCCGUGAGUGAACAAAAACCAUUGGAAAAAUCCCUAUUUUUUUGCCCAAAGAUCCACCCCCUGAGUGAACAAAAAUUUUUUUAAUAGAAAAAAUUUUUUAUGGAAAAAAAAAUUUUGAUAUAUAAGUGAUAAUUAGUAUAAUGAAAUUUAGAGCUAAUUCUGUUUAAUUUUAAACAAAUUGCGUUUUAAAAACAUAAAUUUUUAUAAUUAAAUUAAUAUUUGCUUUUCAAUUUUUGCAAAUUAGGAUUUUUUAAAAUUUUGAAAAUUUUUUUUUCUAUAAAAAUUUAUAUAUAAAUUUUUUUAAAAAGAAUUAAACCCCCCUCCGUGGGGAGUAAGAUUUGUUUUUGUAUGAAAAGUUAGUUAUAAAGAGUUUUUGGCAGUUGCUUCUAAUUGUUUUGCGCAUUGUUCUUUUACCUGAAUCAGAAUUAAGCUAUAACAUAUGCUGCUUUGUCAUAAUAUCCUUAUUUGUAUUUGGCUCGUUUAUUAAAAAGCCUUAUAAUUAUCACCGAGCGUCAAUGUGAUAUUCCAUCUGCCUGACUAAUUGCCUCUGACUUUGGAUUUGCAAUCUCUUUUCUCAGCUAAAUAUAAUUCUUGCUCAGUGUCUUUUAGGAGGUGGAUGAGUAUUUUUCGUGGCAGUUGGAAUUUGAUUUCAGAAAAAAUAUCUGCCAUCUCUUCUAGUUCGUCCAAAAGGCCAAGACAUUCGUAAGUUAUUUAGAUUUGAAUUAUCCCGAAGAACUCCCUCACAAGCUGGUAUCGAUAAAUCGGUGAAAUAUAAAUAUGUGGAAGGAAUUCACAAAGAAGAUCUGAAAAGUAGCGACCACUCUUAUUUAGAAUAG